AUGCCGUUGAUGUUUGAGAGCAAGGCCGAGGAAAUGCAAGGCAUGAGGCAAGAACAAUUCCGUACAAUGCGCAGAAUCUCAACGGCCAUGAACCGCCCAGCCAACUUCACCGCUUGGUCUUUCACCACCUCAACACUCAUCAACACUCAUCAACACUCAUCAACACUCAUCAACACUCAUCAACACUCAUCAACACUCAUCAACACUCAUCAACACUCAUCAACACUCAUCAACACUCAUCAACACUCAUCAACACUCAUCAACACUCAUCAACACUCAUGA